AAAAAAAGAAAGAAACUUCGCCGUCGGGCACGCCACGCCUGAUCCCUAGCCAGUAGCCAGUGCGAUGAUAACCCAUCACCCAUCCCUGCUCCGCCUCCGCGCACCCCUCCCCGCUGGCCUCCGCCACCGGACUUCACACGCCUUGCUUUUCACAGCGCCCGCUUACUCUCCUCCUCCGCCGCCCCUCCGCCUGCUACCUCUUUGCGUCGCCGCUGGAGGAGCCUCACCGGUAGGUCCUGAUGGAGGCAACCGCGCGACGCCUCCCCCGCUCGGAGCCGCGGCGCUGGACUUCGCGCGGAGCAACUUCCUCCCGCUAGCUCUAAUUGGUGGGAUGACUUUGGGACUGCUGGAUCCAACUCUUGGCUGCCUUGCUCACAAAUAUUCCCUGUCAAAAUACAGCACUUUUGGGAUAUUUGUUAUCUCAGGGCUGACUCUGCGUACUAAGGAGCUUGGCGCAGCGUUACAAGCUUGGCCUGCUGGACUCUUUGGACUAGGCUCAAUUCUGCUGCUCACACCUUUUCUUGCACAAUAUAUUGUGCAAAUUCAGUUCUUCCCUCGUGAAUUUAUCACUGGGUUGGCUAUGUUUUGUUGCAUGCCAACAACAUUAUCAAGUGGAGUCACACUAACACAGCUUGCUGGCGGCAACUCAGCACUUGCUCUUGCAAUGACAGUCAUAUCCAAUCUACUGGGCAUUAUGUUUGUACCUUUGUCUCUUGCAAAGUACAUUGGCGCUGGAGCUGGAGUGGCUUUGCCUACUAAGGAACUGUUCAGAAGUCUGGUCAACACCCUAUUAACCCCCCUUAUUUUAGGCAAGGUUGCCCGAGAAACCUCAAAAGGUAUUGCUGAAUUUGUUGAUGGAAAUCGCCAGGGCUUUUCAGUUAUGAGUGCUGUUCUUCUCAGCCUAGUCCCAUGGAUACAAGUAAGUAGAUCAAGAUCGCUGCUAUUGUCCGUCAAAGCAAAAGCUUUCGCUAUUAUUGUGAUCAUCGGAGUGCUUCUACAUCUUGCUCUACUGGCAUUCAAUGCUACAACACUGCAGGUCUUGUCGUGUCUUAAACAGAAGGAAGAAUCGGUCUUUGCAAGGAAAGAGUAUGCACGAGCUGUCAUUUUGGUGGCUAGUCAGAAAACAUUGCCAGUGCUGGUUGCUGUGGUUGAACAGCUUGGAGGUGCUCUUGGGGAGUCCGGACUUCUGGUCAUCCCAUGUGUUGCUGCGCACAUUAAUCAGAUCAUCAUCGAUUCUAUCCUAGUAAAUUUGUGGCGCCAGAGAGAUCAACGAUCUACUGGUGCAAAAUAGCUUCAGAAUUUGAAUUUGAUCUAAGUGCAAAGAUCUACCCGAGUGAGGCUUGACAAAUCCAUGUUGAAAUAGGUUAAUUUGACUUGGCAGACCGCUUGGUGCAUGACACGACCAGGAUCCUUGUGAUCCUAUCCUAGAACCAUUUAGUUGGAAGUCUCCAUCAAUGUGGAGUAGGAUAACACCAACUAUGUGUACCAUGAGCAUCGUUGCGCCCCUUAUGUUAGCAAUUUCUAAACUCAAACUCUUACUUGGAAGUUAUUUUUUGCUGCUACUGUAAUGUGUUAGCUUGCUUGUUUAGUACUAUUAAGAUCUACCCCCUCCGUUUCAUAAUUCUUAUUGUGGUUUCAUAA